UAAUUACCAAUACUAUAGGGACUUUAAUGUUAUUUUAGCAUAACUAAGGGGUGUAGUUGUAAAUUACCCUUUCUAAAAUAAUUAGGUCUCUCUCAAUUAAAAUCUGAGCUUGAGUGCCCUAAUUUUGGCGCCAUAUGUGAUUAAUUAUUACUGUACAGAGAGUAAAUGGAGAAACACUGAUAUGGAAGCACUGAAAUCCAUACAGCAAAUCCAUGGCGCUGCUCGUAAGGAGGCUCCAACUCCUUCGUCCAUCUUCACUAUUACGCUUUUCUCUUUCUUCUGCUCACGAAUUCAUUCCAUCACCACUCGCUUCUUCUUCCGCGAUGCUUUGUUUCUCUCAAGCAUUUCAUCAAACACCUUGCAGGCAAUGCAAACACACCCCUGACUUCGCCGGCCGACGACUUUACGAGAUCAUGGGCUUCUCGGCGGAGUGUGCUGAAGAAGCACGUGGAGAGAUCCGAUUGGGCUUUGAAGAAAUUCGUGAAAGAGUUCAGAAAGCUAAGGACUUUGCUUCGGGCGAUGAAGCCAUAGCUUUUCUUGAUGAUGCUGACGUCAGACCUGAUAAAGAUUUCAUCUUUUCGCUGAUUUGGGAUUUGAGAGAAGAGUGGAAGUUGGCGUUCUUAGUGUACAAAUGGGGUGAGAAACGGGAUUGUGUGGUCGAAAAGACUUGGUGUUUGAUGAUAUGGUUGUUGGGUAACCAUGGUAAAUUCGGUACCGCUUGGACUCUCGUUCACGAGCUUUAUCGAGCUUCGAAGGACACUCAACAAGCAAUGCUGAUCUUGAUUGACAGAUAUGCUGCUGCAAAUAACCCAGACAAGGCGAUCGAGACAUUCCACUUAAUGCAGAAGUUCAAGUUUUCACCCGAACAAAAAACGUAUUUCGUCUUCUUAAAUAUUCUUUGCAAGCACGGAAACAUCGAAGAGGCCGAACAAUCUAUGUAUCUCAAUAAGAAGUUCUCGCCACUGGAAACAGAGAGCUUCAACAUAAUUCUCAACGGAUGGUGUAACAUAGCCACCGACGUAUACGAGGCCAAGAGAAUUUGGCGGGAAAUGUCGAAAUGCUGCAUCGAACCAGACGGGAAUUCAUACACGCACAUGAUUUCUUGCUUUUCGAGCGUAGGCAAUCUAUUCGAUUCUUUGAGACUGUACGAUGAAAUGAAGAAAAGAGGGUGGGUCCCGGGUUUGGAGGUGUACCAUUCACUGAUUUACGUGCUGGCUCGUGAAAAUUGCCUAAGCGAAGCUCUUAGAAUUAUAGAUAGAAUGAAAGAAACAGGUCUGAAACCGAACUCCGCCACGUAUAAUCUUGUCAUACGCCCGCUUUGCGAAGCUGAAAAGUUUGAGGAUGCGAGAGUUGUGUUGGCAAGGAUGUUAGAAGAUGACAUCAGUCCUACUAUCGAAACCUAUCACGAAUUACUCAAGGGCGAAACUUUGGAAGGAACUUUGGGAGUGCUGAGUCAUAUGAGAAAAUCUCGUUUAGGGCCAAGUAGGGAAACUUUUCUUCUUAUUCUUGACAAGUUCUUGAAAACGGGUCAACCGGAAAAUGCACUAAAAAUAUGGUCGGAAAUGAACGAAUACGAGAUAAAGCCAGAUCGCGAGCAUUACAAGGUUUUGGUCGAAGGGUUUGCGAAAUGUGGGUUGAUUGCCAAAGCUAAAGAAUUCUACUCUGAGAUGACAUCAUCUUUCGGAUUAAACGAUGAUCCAUCGCUGAAGAAGCUUCUAGAAGAACCCGCUCGAAAAGGGGUUCGUGCAAAAAAGGGAGAAGGGCAGAUGACAAUUGUGAGACGUAUUACGAAAGGUAAUGGAUUACAGCGUGGGAGGAGAAGUAGUUUGGUACGAAUUAGAAAAAAUCGUUAGCACAAUUAUCAUUUUCACUUGAUCUGCAUGAGUGUUUCUAAUUUCUUCUAAGCGUAUGGGAAUUAAUCGUGUUUAUUAGAAACGAACUAGCAUUUAAUUAAUUAUAUGAAGGAAAAUAUAUUUUUGUUUGAUUUU